CGGGCUAUCUUUAGUUGACGUGUCUGUCAAAAUUCUAUGGUGAUCGCCGCCAGACGGUGUUAAAUUUGUGUUAAAAGGGUUUAAUGAUAAUACAAGAAUAAUUAUUAUAGCUGAGUUAAUCAAGAAAAUUGUGUAUAAAAUGUACAAAUUGGUACUAAUAUACGCUACGUUAGCGUUGUCUUGGAGUUCGAUAACAUUUGGAGCGCGAACGGUGCCGGGGCACCUAAGUCAAAAUGACCUCCACCGUUUGGAACGUGUAUUUGCCGAUGGUUUAACGUCGAAUGACCUGCAAGCUAUUUACUAUUCUACACUAAAUGUACAAAUGAAUGACGCAAAGGAAUCGACGAAAUUGUGUUCGAAAAUACGUACACUUCAUCAGGAAUCUAAAUUAAAUGCUUAUGAGAAAGAUUUUUACCUUAUUGGUUCUGGUAAAAAUCUGAAUUGUAAAGAUAAGUUAUCGGAGACAGUAUUGGCGAAUGUGUAUAGUUCUUUAAAGUCCGAACUGAGUUCAUCCCAGGAAAUAUAUUUCCGUGUCGCUACCAACAAGCUUCUGGGAGUUCUGGUUGAUGAACAAAGUACUGAUAAACUUUUAAAAACUCUGCACGACUUGUUAAAGAAAGAUGAUUCAAUAGUUAGCCUUGGAUAUGCUUUCAAUGUUGCAAGUGAAUUAGGUACUGGUGCAGCAUUUGUUGCAGAUCGUGUCGAAGAUGCAGUUGUGCAAGCCGACGAAGUCGAUGGAAAGAUGCUUCAAUUCGAAGGGGGCCUCAGCAUUACCGCUUUAGUCGUGAAUGGUAUAUUCCGAGUAUCAAAUAUUUUCAACAAACCAACACCCAUAAAUGCGGAGCAAGCUGUGAAGUUUGCUACAUAUUUUCUCAACAGAAGGUCUGUACAAACAGCAAAGGGCGCACAUGUACUUAUUGAGGCCCUGAAAACAUUGGGUGGCGCCGGAAAAAUUGCACCGAUCUGUAUUCAAUUGAUUGGAAAUGGUCAAUUACAGGCUGACAAUCCAGUAUUGAAUGUGGCCGUCGUCGAUUUAUUAGGCAAGGCAGUAGCAAGUGCACCACAAAAUAUAUACGGAAAAAUACUGCUUAAAAAAGAUAAUACGGUUUUAGCUGAAAAAGUGCAGCUGAUAUCGAAAUCAUCGGAUAAAACUAUUUUCGCGGCUCAGCUUUCGAAUUACAAGCCAACGCGAGGCAUAUAUUUGGCAGAAAUUAACGCAGACAACACUUACACACAAACACUACAAUUCAAGGUACUCGGGCGAGUAAAAGUGCAUUCGUUGGAACUUGGUGUAGCUGAAUCAGAUGCGAGCUCGUCAGUAAAAAAACAAAAUGUUAUAUAUCCACAAACUCUGCCGGAUACGCUAAAAGCAGAUUCCACUCAAAAACUCGUACUGAAGUCUGUACUCAUCGAUGAGGGCACAACGAAGGUCAUAACAGUUCAUCAGGCCUUCGUACGCCUCUCCAAUGUUGAUACAAAUGAGGAAAUAAUUUUCGUCGCUGAACAAGACAGUAAUAAAGCUUACAAGUUUGAUAUGGAUGUUGGCGCGCAUGGGGCCGAAUUUGGCUACAAGUCGGGACAAUACGAACUCUAUUUGAUUAUUGGUGAUGCUUCAAUUUCAAAUUCAUUCCAAUGGCACGUAGCGAACGUUCAAUUGAAAUUUGCACACGAAUCUGAGAUAUCAAAGAAGCAGGCGAUCCGUAGUACGCUGCCCGAAAUAGAGCAUAUGUUCCGUCCACCAGAAAAACGUCCCCCCCGUUUUGUCUCGGAUGUUUUCACCGGUUUAUGCUUAACUCCUCUGGUGUUGCUAUUUAUUUUCUGGGGCAAACUGGGAAUCAACGUCUCUAACUUUUCGUUGUCACCUAGUACAAUUGGCUUUCAUGCAGGAUUAGGUGGUAUUUUGGCGCUUUUUGGAGUUUUUUGGCUGAGUUUAAAUAUGUUCCAAACACUACGCUUGCUUAUCCCUAUAGCAAUAUUUACAUUCCUAUGCGGAAAUCGGCUUUUGCGGCGUAUACAUGCCCAACGUAUAAUGAAGUCACCGUCAACUUUAACCACCAGUGCAGCAUUCACUUAAACACACUUUGAAUAGGAGUAUUACUAUAACAAAAAUGUCUGCUCCAUUAAAAGUUAAUUAGAAAGAAAAAAAGAAAUAAAUAACUGUAAGUUUAGUUUCAUUCCGAAACUAUUCUUAAGAAAUGGAGGUAGAGCAUGAUUUAAAAUCUUACUUUCAUUAUUAGCUUAUUUCGAAGUGCUUCACACCGAAAAAGGAAAAAGAAAGAAGUUUCUUUUUAUUUUUGUAAAAGUAUGAAGACUUUGAAUAAAGAUCGUAAAAAAAACUA